UCCGAAGUCCCGGCACCGGGCCGUGGCCCGGUGGGGCGGGGAACCCCGAGGGCCCCAGGAGGUUGUCCGGGUUCUGGUCCCGGAGGUCCGGAGGAGUUUCGGGGGCGGGGGCUCGUGGCGACCUCUGGUGGCAGCCGGGGCCUAAUCGAGCCCGGCGGCCGCAGCCCCCCAGUGCGGGAGCCCCGAGUUCCCGGGUGGAGACGGGGUCUGGGGUCUUUGGGGCGGUGGCCGGAGCCGCCCCUGCCUGCGGCGCGCCGGGAUGGCUGAGGUCCGUAGCCGCUCGGGUCCAGGCGGGAAAACGUGUGCCCUUCGCCCUGGUCGUGUCGGUGCUCCUGGCUUUGCCCUCCAGCCACCUGGGGGUGCGGGGUUAUCCUCAGGGACACCCCAGAAAGGCUGCCCAAGGCGCAGUCGCGGGGAAGACGGCUCCCCUCCCUCCUGGCCCGGCUCCCCUCUCCCCCAGAAGAGGAGGGUGUGCUUCCGGGGCGGGGCUGCCCCCGUGGAAGUUACCUGGACCGCUUUAGACUAGUGCCUGCGGAGUAAAGGAAACUACCUGCUAAUGGUUUCCGACUCCCCAGCUAGCUCCACCUCCCCGUGGUUUGGACUUUGAGCCUCUAGUAAGUCCUGAUGAACGAUUUCGCUUUGCUCAAGCUCAUGACUCUUGGACCUUCAGCAGCGGGAGAGAUCAAAAUGGCUUCCAGAGGAAAGACAGAGACAAGCAAAUUAAAGCAGAAUUUAGAAGAACAAUUGGAUAGACUAAUGCAGCAAUUACAAGAUCUGGAGGAAUGCAGAGAGGAACUUGAUGCAGAUGAAUAUGAGGAAACCAAAAAGGAAACUCUGGAGCAACUAAGUGAAUUUAAUGAUUCACUGAAGAAAAUUAUGUCUGGAAACAUGACUUUGGUGGAUGAGCUAAGUGGAAUGCAACUGGCUAUCCAGGCAGCUAUCAGCCAGGCCUUUAAAACUCCAGAGGUCAUCAGGUUAUUUGCAAAGAAACAACCAGGUCAGCUUCGGACAAGGUUAGCAGAGAUGGAUAGAGAUCUCAUGGUAGGAAAGCUGGAAAGAGGCCUGUAUACUCAGCAGAAAGUGGAGAUACUAACAGCUCUCAGGAAACUUGGAGAGAAGCUGACUGCAGAUGAUGAGGCCUUCUUGUCAGCAAAUGCAGGUGCUAUACUCAGUCAAUUUGAGAAAGUCUCUACAGACCUUGGCUCUGGAGACAAAGUUCUUGCAUUGGCAAGUUUUGAGGUUGAAAAAACAAAAAAAUGACAUGGUGUGGAGCUUGGGACAUUGAUCACAUUCUUGCUAUAAAUGGCGUUUGUCUUCUAGGGAUUUUGAAUCACUUCAAAGAAAUCAAAAGAGAUUCUUGAAAUGCACUGAUAACCUAAGAAAAGGUGACAGAAAAACAUACUUGUGUCUUCUGGUUAUACCCUUCAUCAUUGUGCUUUGUGUAGGGCUGCCUGCCUGAGUCAUCCUAGACUUCCUGGGAUGAGGGACCCUUUGGACCCUAUUCAUUAUAGCGGUGUGUUUGAGAGAGAGAACAGUAAACGGUUCCUCUGCCUGUUUUUAUUAAGCUUCCUUGUUUUUAAGUGCUGAUAGUAAAUGAAAAGAUGUGAACUAAUGAUUCUUCUCUGUUGAUAAUUUGUCCCUACUUAUUGGAUUGAAUAGUGUACCAACAUCAAUAGACCUCAUGAGCGGGCAUAGAAUUUUAGAGUUCUAAGUGAUCUUAGAAAUCGUUUUCAUUUUAUAAACAAGGAAAUUGAGGCUCAGAAAGAGCAAGUUGACUUGCUUAAAGUCACAUCCAAGACAGAGCUGGUGAUAGACCUGGGUGUCCUGACUCUCAGCUUAGGGUCUGUUGAAUUUUAUUUCUGUAUUUUGUGCUGUCUUUAAAAACCAAUUAACACAUAUUUGGGCAAGUCUGUGUUUAUGAAAAUUCGAUGUCCCAACAGAAAGUUGUCACUAAGGGACCAUUCCCUAGCCUGUAAGGCCUCGGUAUGAAUGGGGCCCAUUGUAUCUCUGAGUUUUGAGCUUGGAACAAUGGGAGCCCUGUUGAGAGUCUCCUGGAGUAACGUAACUUCCCGCUGUUGUUUCACCAGGAAAGCAAUUGAAAGUGGCAGCUAGAGGCCCUCCCUGUGUGUGACCUCUUUGCUGAAACUCAGAGGGUGGGGACUGUAAACUAUUAUUUACUCUUCAGUUUUUGGAGAAACCCAAAAUAAGUUAUGAGGAAAAGCAUACUCUUGAGUGUUUAUGUUUCUCUGCAUGCUCAAAUAUAUAGAUAUCCUCAUGCAUAUGUAUGUUAGCUUAUAUUCUAGGCUCUGGCCACUAUGUUUUUUCAUGUAUUUCUCAGUUUUCUUUUUCUUUGCACUUUAUACAAAUUAAAAACAUUUUUAAAGCUUCUUGUAUACUGUAAACUCUACUAGGUGCUCUGCCAACUGGACAGAUUAGGGACCUCAGCUUCAUUAAUGCCUUAUUUGGAACUUUUAAUGGGUAACUUUUUAUAUAUUGGUUUACCAUGGUCAAAGACUCAUUGAAAUUGUAAUGAACCAAGAAAAAGCAAAUGACCUACAAUUCACCUAGGACUUUAUGGUCAAUCAUCAUUAUUUCAUUAUUCUUCAUUUUUGUUUGUUUGUUUAAGUAAUCUCUACACUUAGUAUGGAGUUUGAACUCAUGAUCCCAAGAUUAAGAGUUGCAUGCUCCUCUGACUAAGCCUGCCAGGCAGGCACCCCUAUUCUGCAAAUUUUUUUUUUUCUGAAUCAAGGUGAAACUUACUUAACAUCAAAUUCACCAUUUUAAAGUAUACAAUUCAGAAAUGUUUAGUACUUUCACAAAUGUUGUGCAACCAUCACCAUCUCAUUCCAAAACAUUUUUACCACUCCAAAGGGAACCCCAUGCCCAUUAAGCAGUCACUCCCCAUGCCCUUCUCAUCCUAGCCCUCCAGCAACCACUAAUCUGCUUUCUAUCUCUAGAUUUACCAAUUCUGAAUAUUUCAUCCCAAUGGCAUCAUACAGUAUGUGACCUUUUGUGUCUGGCUUCUUUCACUUGACAUCAUAUUUUCAAGGUUAAUCUAAGUUGUAGCACAUGCCAUUAUUCCAUUUAAUGGAUGAAAAUAUUUCCUUGUAUGGAUACCACCUUGUGCUUAUCCACUUAUCUCUUGAACAUUGUUUUUUCCCACUGUUUUUGUUAUUGCAAAUAGUACUGCUAUGAACAUUUGUGUAUUUGUUUAAAUACCUGUUUUCAGCUCUUUUGGGUAUAUACCUAGAAAUGGUAUUGCUGUAUGUAUGUGUGUUUUGGGGGAAUUUUUGUUUUGUUUUUAAGCCAUAACAAAAUUUCCCCUUCUCCUCUAGUAGUAGUAUAAAGAAAAUUAAUAUUUGGUAGGAUAAAGAAAAUUAGGAAUAUUUGGUAUUUGAAAGGAGCCUAAAUGAAUCUGGAGUCCUUAAUUUUGGUUUCCCUUUCUAUAAGACUUUCUAUAAGACUAACAUCAGUGAAAUAUUUUGUCAUUAAUCAUGUUAGUGUGUUCAUUUUGUAAGUAAUGAUUAGUAUCAACUUAAAAUUAAUCUUCCUUUAAAAGUUGCAAAGUUAAAAAAAAAGUUGCAAAGUUUGCAGUGCCUAGCAAGACCCUGUCAUUUAUGGCCAUCUGACCUUUGGUAGGUUACUUAAUCUUUUGAGCCUCAUUUUCCUCUUCUGUUCAAUGCAGAUAAGUGGGUACGACCUACCUACCACAUAGGAUUUCUGUGGUUUCCCUUCUCACCCUUAAUGCAGAGAGAAGUUUUGGAGCUAAUCUACCAUUUAACAGUGCUUUCAAUGGCCAUAUGAUGUAUUUUGUUCCACAAAUUUGGUAUAACUCAAAAAUAAAUUGAAAAGUGAAUAAUUUGAAAAUUCUGUACAUUUACAUUUAUUAAAUGAUUUGCAAACUAUG